CGGCCCGAGCGAGCGGGGCUCCCCGGCAGGGCAGGCGGCCUCUCCUAGCCCUCGUGCCUGCGCCCUGUCUGUCCUCUGCCCGACUGUCCCAUGCCAUGGCGAAGCUGCUCGUGCUCACCGUCCUGGGGAUAGGACUGGCACUCUUCAGGGACCACCGGUCUUCUUACAAAACACGAUUUAAUGCUUUCCGAGAAGUAAAACCAGUGGAACUUCCUAACUGUAAUUUAGUUAAAGGCAUUGAUCGUGGCUCUGAAGACUUGGAGAUACUGACUAAUGGACUGGCUUUCAUUAGCUCUGGAUUAAAAUAUCCUGGAAUAAAGAGUUUUGAACCUGAUAAGCCUGGAACAAUACUUCUGAUGGACUUGAAUGAAAAACAUCCAACAGUGUUGGAAUUGGAGAUCACUGGAAGUAACUUUGAUUUAGCUUCAUUUAAUCCUCAUGGGAUUAGCACAUUUACAGAUGAAGAUAAUGUGGUGUACCUGCUGGUGGUGAACCAUCCAGAUUUCAAGACCACAGUAGAGUUGUUUAAAUUUCAAGAAGAAGAAAAAUCACUUUUGCAUCUAAAAACCAUCAGACACAAACUUCUGCCUAAUGUGAAUGAUAUUGUCGCCGUGGGACCUGAGCACUUUUACGCCACAAACGAUCACUAUUUUGUCCACCCCUACUUACGCUCCUGGGAGUUAUAUUUGGGUUUAUCGUGGUCGUAUGUUGUUUACUAUACUCCAAAUGAAACUAGAGUGGUGGCAGAAGGAUUUGAUUUUGCUAAUGGGAUCAGCGUUUCGCCUGAUGGCAAGUAUGUCUAUAUAGCUGAAUUGCUGGCUCAUAAGAUUCAUGUGUAUGAAAAGCAUGCUAAUUGGACUUUAACUCCAUUGAAGUCCCUCAACUUUGACACUCUGGUGGAUAACAUAUCCGUGGAUCCAGUGACAGGGGACCUUUGGGUUGGAUGCCAUCCCAAUGGCAUGAGAAUCUUCUAUUACGACCCAGAGAAUCCUCCUGCCUCUGAGGUGCUUCGAAUCCAGAAUAUUUUGACAGAAGAACCCAAGGUGACAGUGGUUUACGCAGACAACGGCACGGUGUUGCAAGGCAGCACGGUGGCCUCUGUGUACAAGGGGAAACUGCUGGUGGGCACUGUGUUCCAAAAGGCUCUUUACUGUGAGCUCUAACAGGCCAAUUUGCACCCAGACCACGGAAACUUUGAGCCCAUCAUUUCAACCGUUCGCCACAUUCUAAGUGUCUUAGUGAUCUCAUCUGAACAAUGAACGUGGACCCUAAAUUUGGACACCAUGAGGCAUCCAAGUGCUGUUUAACUGGCUUUUUUGAAGAAUGUGAUAUCAAAUCAGUUUUGGACUACUUGAAAACUUCAUUUACCAAUACAAAUCUUUCUCAUUAAAAUGGGUAGAUUUGUUACACCAACUGUCAGGUCUUAAAUAACUGCAUGUGACCCCAAAAGUACUUUCCCUAAAACGUAUGUGUUCUCUAAAAGCACAUGCAUGUAUUGCUGCCUUGCCAGGUCUUGCUCAGAAGACAGACGAGAACAGGUUUAGCUCACAUGUCCUCAGAGCUCCGCUCAGGGCACACGCAGAGAACUAGAUGUGCACUACAAAGUUACCCCUAAGCGUCAGGUGUGCUUUUUACAUGCAGCUGUUGGGCAUGCUGGCAUAGUCAGACUGACUUCCAUUUUCCCCUUCUAGAUACGACUUUCUCAGUAAAUAUUAACCCAAAUCACCCCAACUCUCCUUUUACUCUUGCAUUUUCAAUUCUCCUGUAGCAAUGGAAUGUAGGAAAAUGGACUGUAGGAAAAUUCUUGGAAGUGUUGUCAUGCCUGAAAAUUGUAAGUGUCUGUUAUCUUGGCACAAAUUGUACAUUAUAAUUUCUUUGACCUGGUUACAGGAGGAAGUUUGUUUGCUUCCGUGAUUAGAUACAGAAUAAAGCCCAUAAACUGAUUCAGGCAAAGCUGAGUGUCCCCAAAGACUGCAUUGUUGUUUAGGUGGUGGUGCUGUGGUGUUUUUUCGUUGUUGUUUUCCCUCAUUCUAACUUUCUGUGGAGGCUAAAAAAAUAAAAAGGUUAAAAAAAAAAACCCAAAUAGAAAAGGUCAACAACCUUUGGCUAUCUUCUGAGGGACAUGAGUAGGAGGAAAACAUGUCUUUAUUAUUUUGUUAUAAAAGCUGAUAUAUAAAGGUUAUCUAUCUUCA